AUGCAGCGCAGGCGUGCAGGCGAGCUGCUGCUCGCCGGCGCCCUCGUCCAGUCGGCGGGACGCGCGGCGGCGCACAAGUGGCACCUCAUCAGGCACCACAACUGCUUCAACCACAACGGCGGCUAUCGGGUGAGCGACCUCGUCAAUCCGUUCGAGGAGCCGAUCACGCUAGGAGUGCCAGAAGAAGUGCGAGGACGAGGCCUCGUGUUCGGGAGUGAUUACGAUCCGCAGACAUUCGGAGCCAGGCCAGCCACCCGAGGGCCCGUGCUGGCUGCGGACGGAUGUGAAGCCAAAGGAAUGUUUCUACGAUACCUCUGA